UUAAAGGUGUUUCGAAAACUUAAUAAACAUGUGCAUGCGUAUGUGUUCUUAUGAAAUUUAUUCGCAAUGCGCAAUUAAGAAAGUUCGUCGAAUAAGAGAAGAAGCAGUAAGUAAACAAACUGGCGAUCAAAGCAAACUUGACGCUACCCUUGACUUAUUAACUUUGCCAGCGGCGAUUGUCGGCAUUAUUUUCAAAGAAAUUAAACAAGAGCAGCAGCUGCAGCAUAAAUGCAUCGAUUAUGCCGAGUCAGUGCGGAGACCAGCCGGACAUCAAAAUUAAUAUUCUCAGCUAUGCAAUGUAAAAAUGCCAAGAAGCUGCCUCGGAUAAAGUAACGAACGAACGGAGAAGAACAAGCAGAACGAACGUAAAAAAUGAGUUGCUUUGAAGUUUUCAGCAACAAGAUGCCUUUCGGCCAGCAGCAAUAACAGCAGCAAAAACAACAACAACUACAACAAAAAGCGAGAGGGAAAAUAAAAUGCAAAAAAUCCAAAAAGGAAACAUGGCAAACGGCAUCCUUCUCAUCAUCAGCAGCAGCAACAGCAGCAGCUAAAGAAGCGCAAGUGAAGGAAAGAAAAUCAAGUUGCGUUGCGUUGCGUUUGCUUCAUCAAUGCCAGAAAUGGCAGAAGUGGAAGAGGAAGCACUGAACUGACUGGCUGUAGUGGAAGAGGAAGAAGUUACUGCUGCUGGCCUGCAGGGCAAAAGCAACGUUUGCAGUGUGCAUGUAAUUUCUUGAAUUUCGCUGAAAUCACAACGCGAACUGCGAACUGAAUCAGAGGGAAUGCAAUUUAAGUGCCAUAACAAUGGAGAGAUGCUGCAAAAUGUUGUUAUUGUAUCAAAUGCAAAAGUAGAGCUUAAUAAGCUCUGACCGAAAAGCGCAACCCACUAAUACCUGAAAGUGGGUGCAAGAGUGAUAGAGAGGGAGAACUACAGCGAACAGUGGCCGCAAAGAGAAUGGCAAACAAAGUAACUGACGUUGCGUUUUUGUGGUUUUGCUUUUACGUUUGCACAAAGAAAACAAAAGCAGAUGCAGCUAUGAAGAUGCAGCGACGUCGUCGUCGAUGCCGACUGCGCAAGCAUGCGAGAGAAGAAGAAGAUGCAAUUGGAUGCUAUAUAUGUGUGCACUGCUUACAUAUUACUCAUGUGUGCCGGAGGCGUUUGCUGUAGAAGGAAGUCGAAACUUUACGGACACAAUGCAAUGUUAUGUUAUGUUUAUGUUGGCAAACUUAUCGUACACUGUUAUUAACAGCUUCUGAAGCACGUGGAUUUCGCAACGAUAAGUUAUCGAUAUCGACACGUGACCAAGAAAAACGAAGAAGAAGAGCAACUGACGCUUGUGAAAUAAGUUCAGCGCAUGCGUGUGUUUCUAAGAAAUUUAUUCGCAAUGCGCAAUUAACAAAGUUCGUCGAAUAAAAGGAAAAACACGGUGAUUGUCGGCAUUAUUUUCAAAGAAAUUAAACAAGAGCAGCUACUGCAGCAUAAAUGCAUCGAUUAUGCCGAGUCAGUGUGGAGACCAGCCGGACAUCAAAAUUUAUAUUUUCAAGUAUGCAAUGUAAAAAUCAACAAAAACAACAACAACAACAGCGUCGAGAGCAACAAGAACGACCACAACAAUCACAACAACGAGCAACGACGACAACGACAACAAUGCAAAGCGGCGCGUCAAGUGAAUUAAGCGAUUUUUAAAGCUUUACGCUAAAUGAAAUUUGAAUUGCCAUUUUCUGGAAAUUGGAAAAGUGGAAAGUGUUCACUUGUGUGUGCAAAUUAAAUUACGCAAAACAAAUAAAUGUAAAUCAUUCCUUUCCACCCGCACACUCACUCGCAAACAAAACAAACAACAUCAACAUGUAUGAGAAAUCAAAGUAAAUCUGCGAUAUCCAAAUGCAAAUAUCUAUGAAAUGAAUGCAGAACGCUGUGAAAACUAAAUAACCAAACAACAUUUCGUGUAAUUCAACAACUGUGUGUGCGUGUGCGUGGGUGUGCAAGUGUGUGUGUAUUUUACUAAUUCUGAUUAAACACACAAAUCUGUGAAUAACACACAACACAAAAUGUUUAUCAUUACGGUAAUUAAACUCUUGCUAAUUGCGCUCAACAUAUUUCCAAGCCGUUUCACAAAUCGGCGAAUUAUGUUUCUCAUCUACAUGACGAAUCUAGUGACACAUGUUAUGAUGGAUGAGCCACGCUUUGCACAGCCCAUACCGAAUGUCACCGUUGCCGUCGGCCGUGAUGCGAAUCUGCCCUGUGUGGUCGAGCAUUUGGGUGGCUAUAAGGUGGCCUGGAUACACAUUGAUCGACAGAUGAUACUCACCAUACACAGACACGUUAUAUCAAGGAUACCACGGUACAGUAUUACGUACACGGACAACACGUGGCUGCUGCACGUGAAUCAGGCGCAUCAGGAUGAUCGCGGCUAUUACAUGUGCCAAGUGAACACCAAUCCCAUGAUUAGCCAGGUGGGCUAUCUGCAGGUUGUAGUGCCACCCAACAUACUGGACAUUGAGAGCACACCAUCUUCGGUGGCGGUGCGUGAAAACCAAAACAUCAACAUGACAUGUCGCGCCGAUGGUUUUCCCACACCCAAAAUCAUUUGGCGACGCGAGGAUGGCGAGGAAAUUGCCGUUGAAAAGAAGAAGAAAGUGCUUGUGUACGAUGGCGAUGUGCUGCCGCUGACCAAAGUGAGCCGCAAUGAGAUGGGCGCCUAUCUGUGCAUUGCCACCAAUGGAGUGCCGCCCUCGGUGUCCAAGCGGAUCAUAUUGGAUGUGGAGUUCUCGCCCAUGAUUUGGGUGCCGAAUCAACUUGUUGGCGCGCCAGCUGGCACAGAUGUAACCAUCGAUUGCCACACGGAGGCGCAUCCCAAAGCCAUCAUCUAUUGGGUGUACAAUUCAGUCAUGGUAUUGCCGAGCAAAAAGUAUAAGACCGACUACACGGAGAACUCAUAUCGUGCACACAUGAAACUGACGAUAAGAAACCUGCAAUAUGGCGACUUUGGCAACUAUCGAUGCAUCUCAAAGAACUCGCUGGGGGAAACGGAAGGCUCCAUACGUGUUUAUGAAAUACCUUUGCCAUCAACACCAUCGAAGCAAGUAACGCACACCACCGUCGAGUCCAGGGAGAGCAACAUUAUACCAGCGUUACGCAACGAUACAACGAAAUCGCUGCAAACGGAUGUGUAUGCAAUGAAAAACGAUUUGUAUACUGGCAGUGGUUCAUCAUUGGCAGCCUCCGGCUCCUCAUCGGCUGCCUCAUCGAGCUCAUCAUCGUCGUCGAUGCAAACGUCGUUGCUGCCCGGCGGCGCCGCCGGCAACAGUUUGUCAGCGUUAAGCGGUGGCGCCACCGCUGGCGGUCCGGGCAGCAAAGGUUCCCUAGCGAUAGGCAAAAGCAUGUUCUACACCGAGAGACCACCGAAUGAAUAUGCAAGUGCAGCGGCUGGAUUGCUGCAUAGGCUGAGUUGGCUGCUUGCUGGAUUAAUUCUGGCUGCGCUUUGAAAUCAAUAAUUUUGUUUUAGUUACUCGAAGUAAGCAUUUGUGAAAUGCAGCCAAAGGGGGUUCAACACAAAAAAAAAAAAAAUAAAAAUUGGGGUAGCUUUUAGGGGUCUCUAAAUUGAUUUCGCAGUGCAAGCAGAACGAUGAUGAUCAUGAUGAUGAUGAUGAUGAAAUACAUUUGUUUAUAGCAACAAAAACAAAAACAAUAAUAAUCUAACAUAACUACAUACAUAUAUAUUUAAUUGAGUUCAUUUCACUCGAAAUAGUUUGUAAAUUGAACUAACGAGAGAACGAGAGAAAUAUUCAAGUAUUUUUUGUCAACAAUAAAAAUGCUCAUUCAAUGUACAAUAUGAAAAACGUAAACAUAAGUGAAUACACGUGUAUUUAGAAAUUUAUUUAUAUAUUAUAUUGUAUAUGUAUAAUAAAAGUUAGUAUGAAAUUGUUGAGCUUUGUGUUUGGUCGAGUGUCAGUUUUAGGGCUUAGCAUAUUAUUUUCCCCCCAAAAAGAAACGAAAACAAAUUUGCAAAAGCAAAGCUUUUUCUUAUGCAGAAAAAAAAAUAGAGAGAACGUGAAUUGCAUAGAUACGUUGUAUCUGUGAUGUGAGAUAAUACUUUUGCUUCAAUGGAAAUGAAAAUGCAAAUGAAAUGAAAACUAGAAUUUAAUUCACAAAUUGAGAACAAAAUUGCAUAUCUGAUGUAUGCAUAUCUAAGGAUAAUAACAGAACCUACCAUAUCUUAAUGUUACUCACAUAUAUGACGAGAUAUAUACUCACAUACAUAUGAUAUUUAUACUUUAUAUGCCAUUCAUUAUUUUACUUUACAACUUUUAUGCGACUUUUUCACAUGCCGCAGUCUAUUAAUUUGGGUCAGCGCUGCACAAUUAAAUGAAGACAUUAAAGUUUUUUAAUUUCCACUUAUCUUGUAUCUUUAUUAAAUUUUUAAUACCCUUUAAAGUGUACGAAAAGAGAGCAUAUUGUUUCACUUUAAGUUUAGCUCAUAUCGUUCUUCGUACUUAUUACGUAUACGUAAUAAACUUGAGCAUUUUCUGAGCAUAGAGUAUGCAUUGGUUGACUUGCCAAAAGAAUCUUUUCUUUCUCUGCACAUUUUCUUCGUUUGCUUCUUCUACUCUGACCAAAAGCCGCAGACAAUUUUCCAGCUCUGCUCGCAGCCCAAAACAAAAUUGAUGUGUGCGUGUGUGUGUGUGUGUGCACAGUGCGCGCGCUCAGUGUGCAACAUAAAAAAUGCAAUUUAUUUAAUGAAAAUGCGACGUGCAGCCUGCUGCGUUGCCACGCCCACUAAAGCAACCGCCCACUUCCCAAAUGGAGAAUAGGGAAUGGGUUGUGGGGACAAUCGUGUUGCCAUGUGUCGAUGUUGGGUCGAGGCAUUAAAACGCCUUAAAAAUGUCAUUAAUUUCAUCUCCCUUCGAGACUCACAGCAAACACAAUGCGAUGAGUAGACUGGAGAAUGUGUGCUAAGCUGCAUGAUACCCUGUAAACUCCGAUGUCUGCCUUUUCUUACUUAACUUACCUUGUACACUUCCUGCUUCACUUGCUGAGCAACUUUCCACGUUCAACUGCCUGCAGCGCAGUCAAAAAAGAGGAAGUGCAAUAAUAAUAUUAAUACCGCGACAGCAACUUUCGCGCUUGGACAUUGCCUUGAUUUUUGCAUAUAUAGCGCGCAAAUUGUUGCCUGCUUGUUUCCUUGUGUUGUCCUGCUGCGCCUUUUGUGCGCUUCCAUCAUUUUUUAAUAAAUGCACAUGCUAAUUAUAUUAUUACUCAUGCGACCCGUGUGUGAUGCAUCGACGACGCAUCGCUCGAAACGCGUUUCGUUGUCUGCACGAAAUGCUUGCAAUUAAUUUCAGCAUAAAAUUGCGUGGCCUGCGGUGUCCUUUCGUCUUUCACCUUUCCCUUCCCCUUCCCCGUUGCUCACACAAUGACACACAGUUAACAUGUCCAAUUUAUUGGUCAUAACUCAUGCGCAACCCAAACGCGGCCCACAGACGAUGUACGGACAGACAGAGAGACAGACAGACGCGCUAUCGACAGCAGCAGCGUCGGCAAGAAAAAUGGCAUUAAGACCAGAAGAUAUAUGACACAUUUGCAUACACGAGGAAUGCAUGAGAGAGAGGGCAAUAGUAUGGGUGAAAGAGAGGCAGCAAGAGCGGGUUAAAGGGCUGCCAAUUUACUGUAUUUAUGUCAGGCAGGUUGUUGGCUGUAAACGUGCGUGCUUUUCAAUAAUUUAAAGCGUGCACGUGCGGCAGCAGCAAUUGGCCGGGUCAAGAUGCAACAACAACAUCAGGCGGCGGUCAACGGGUCGCAGCAUAGAUAAAUAAGUGCAUGUUGUAUAGUCGAAAAGUAAUGCGAGCAAUUAACAAUGCCACCAAAUGAAUGCAUUUUAUUUAACAUUUUUUCAUAUUUCCUCCACUCUCUGCGCUUUCACAUUUCCCAUUUGCCAUUUGCCAUUAUUGCUGUUGUCCAACGUCCGGCGAAUGUCUGUGUGUGUUGACUUACAUGCAUUGUCGCUUCUGUCUGUUAUCUCGAGCGCGAACAAUGCAGCUAAUUAAGUAUUAUAAAUGCAAGCAGAAGGCACCGCAGAGGCUGAAAAACUCAAAAGAAGCAACUGAACUGCGAAUUUACGGCCAAAAGGCCAAUACUGUCAGCAGCGUACAUUUUGCUGCAACUCUUCAUAAAUAAAAAGCAGACAUUAAUUUAUGAGCGCCGGAAAUUAUGCGCUAAUCAUUGUGGCCUCAUUUUAGUUCAUUACACAUUUCCAUACCCGCUAGCCAUAGGAUAGAAGGGUAUUAACAUUGUUUUGCUCCAGCACAUGUAACAGGCAGAAGAAAUCAUCUUCGACUUCAUAAACAAUAUAUAUGUACAUAUAUACAUGAUCAAUCUUUAUGACGCCCUAUUUUACUGCAAUCACAAAAAAAUUUCAG